CUCCAAAAAUGUUCAAUACACUCUCACUUAAAACAACAAAACUUUACUCAGCUCUAACUCAUAUAAACAAAGCAAUCCGUCUAAUUUUAAUAACUUCAACUACUUCUAUAUUUACAAUAAAUCAUCAUCUAUCAAUUGUUAGCAAAGCUUCUGAAAUCUCUAUAAACUCAGUAACAAUCAAAGAUAUAUCAAUAAACAAACAAUACACUUUAAAUUAA